AGAGUAGCCCACAGAACAGACGUUCCGUGGGCGUAGCAGUUUGAGGUUCUCGCUGUGCGUAACGUGGGCUUCUCCAAGCUACCGUAUUGCAAUAUGUCAGAGAGCGUUAGUAGGAGUUCAAGCAAAGUAGAUAAGGUAGACUAGCUCGUACCAUAUUGUAAGUGUCCGUCCCUAUCAACUGACAGGUCCCACCCUAGGUUGAUGACAGUGUUGUCCCCUCACAAGCAAACGUGGAUUGUGCUUUAUCCUUGGCGAUUGGAUUGACUUGAGUUCACCUGGCUCACAUUCGCAGACCUGGUGUGUGUGCAUGCAGCAUUAUGGAUCUGACGAGGCUUCUAACGGAGAACGACCGCCGCUCUCUUUCACAAACUCCAGCCCGUUACCCGUGGCUCCUUCACGGGUAAGGAGGUUCGCUCAGGAGAGGCGAGCGCUCCCUCAGCCGAGAGUGGUGGUGGUAUUCUCGGCCGCAAAUGAGAUUGAUAAACCAGGCGAUGCAAUGUCGAGUUCGGACUAUGCGGAGGAUGAUUUCCGAAAGCCAGCCACCCCCGCACCGAACCUAAAUCUAGGCAAGUCUCUUCGCACCACCUUUAACGAAUCUCCAUCUCCAGAGUUUCCUGAGGUUAUUUCUCUCAACGUGGGCGGGACCUACUUCACCACCCGCCUGUCCACUUUACGGCGCUAUGAGGACACCAUGCUCGCCGCCAUGUUUAGUGGACGCCAUCACAUCCCACGUGAUGCUGAAGGUCGCUUCUUCAUUGACCGGGAUGGGGCAUAUUUCGGGGACAUCCUGAACUUCCUGCGCGAGGGUGAACUACCUCAGAGGGAUCGUGUGAGGGCGGUACACAGGGAGGCCCAGUACUAUGCUAUUGGUCCCCUGUUGGACAGCCUGGAGGACACUCAGCCACUCACAGGAGAGAAAGUCCGCCAGGCCUUCCUCGACCUCCUGCCCUACUACAAGGAUAAUCUGGAGCGCAUCGUGGAGAUUGCCAAACUGCGGGCCAUGCAGAGGAAGGCGCGCUUCGCCAAGCUGAAGAUUUGCGUGUACAAGGAGGAGAUGCCCAUCACGCCGUAUGAGCGGCCGCUCUUCAAUUCAUUGCGCUUCGAGCGCACGGAGAGUGAGGCCAAGCUGUUCGAGCACCACUGUGAGGUGGACGUGUCGUUCGGGCCCUGGGAGGCGGUGGCGGACGUUUACGACCUGCUCCACUGCAUCGUCAGUGACCUGGCGGAGCGUGGCAUCACCGCCGACCAGCAAUGCAUCGGUGUCUGUGACAAACACCUCAUCAACCACUACUACUGCAAGAGGCCCAUCUACGAGUUCAAGAUCACAUGGUGGUAAAACAGGAGGACAAAAGAUCUUGCUGUCUGAGUUGUGAGGCGGACUCCUGUCGUGAUAUGCCAACUGAUCUCCUUCCUGGACCCUCAGGAUGAGAGAGAAUAGAGGUAGUCAGUGUUAUUCUCCCUUUUCAAGAACUGAAACCUAUGAAGUGCUGAGUUUAUAGAAAGGAGGGAGUCUGGCUUUUGUGCUUCUGUUUCCUAACUCAAUAGUUUUGACCAAUAUUUCCUUUGUGUUUAAUUUUUUUAACAGCAUUUACCUAGGGUCUCAUUGGCGGCUUCUUAUUUUUUACUUGUUAAACUCUGGGAGUUUUUGUUCUCAUCCAACCUUGUAGAUCGGCCAAGGUUUUUCAGAAAAGGAUCACGUUAAUCUCAUAUUGUGAUUCCAGUGUUGUCUGUCCCUUUGUCUUCAUUCCUACUUAUGCUGUUAUGCAUUCUACGUUGUGCGUUUCUGUGGUAACCACUUUGUUGGUCGCGAGAGAAACUGGAUGCAAUUAAGCAAGCUGGGAAAAUAUUGUUAAAGUACUGUAUAUAGCAACAUGUAAAUGUCUAUUUUGUUACUGAUGCUGGUCUUUGAUUUAUACAUGAUAUUUUCUGUCACUUACUCUCCAGUAAAGAUUUAGAAGUCCUAGAUUAGA